CCAGUUGGAAUAGAAAUUGUAAAUUUUUAUCAAUGAAAAGACUACUCUACCUCUCAACAAUAGCAGAAAUUCCACUCAUGUCCCCAAAUCCCUAACCCAAAAUCUCAGUGCAAGAAUUCCCUUAUCUCCCCUUCUCCGUCCUCUCCGGCAUUGGCCUCCCUCGUCCGUUGCGAAACUCCUGCUCAGGCGGCUGUUCCUUGGUCCGUUUCUCAUCUCCCUCGCAGCAUCCACCAGUUCCGGCGUCGGCGUCCCUCGUCAGUCGCUGGUCUCCGGCGUCGUUCCUGACCCAGAUCGAGAAGCUGCUCAGGCAGCUGUUCGUCGGUCAGUUCGCGUUGUCAUCUCCGGCUUCGAGGCGUCCCUGCUCCGGUGAGCUUCUGCGGCCAUCGAUCUACAAUCCUCUGCUGCUCCAGAAUACUCAGAUCUGAGAGCUUGGGUCGGCCAAAAAAGAUUGAAUGGUCAAGUAGAAAUUCCAACUUGGACAGCAUCAACAUAUUCGGUUAGUUUCUGAAACUUCUCAGCUGCCCAUUAGAGGUAUGCUAAAAAGAUUGAAACUUGGAGACCAUGUCCAUGUGUGCCAAAAUUUACAGUUUUUGCUCAAAAACCCCUGUUAUGACUUCUGCUCUUCUGUUGGUGACACAAGUCAUAGUGAUGCAGUCCUUAAUAGCCACGAGUCUGAGUCUGAAACAGACUGGGAGAGCUUGCUUAGACCUUUUGAUCUUGAACAGCUUCGCAAAUCACUCAACCGGAUUACCCCUUAUCAGCUCUGUAAACUGCUCGAGCUCCCUCUUGAUGUGCCGACAUCAAUGGAGAUAUUCCAUUUCGCUGGUGCCCAGAAGGGCUAUUGCCAUUCCUUCGAUGUGUAUUAUAGUUUAAUAGAUAAACUUGGCUCAGCUAGGGAAUUUAAGGUUAUUGAUGGAUUGCUAUUGCAGAUGAGAGAAGAAGAAGUAGUUUUUAAAGAAUCCCUUUUCAUUAUGAUCAUGAAAUAUUAUGGUAAAGCCGGUUUACCUGGGCAAACAACUAGGUUGCUUUUAGAUAUGAGGAAUCUUUUUUCCUGUGAACCCACUUUUAGGUCAUAUAAUGUUGUCCUAGAUAUAUUGGUAGCUGGAAACUGUCCCCAAGUUGCUCCAAAUGUUUUCUACGAAAUGUUGAACAAGGGUAUUUCUCCUACUGUGUACACUUUUGGUGUUGUAAUGAAAGCACUCUGUUUGAUAAAUGAGGUGGACACUGCAUGCUUGCUACUUCGGGACAUGACCAGACAUGGAUGUGUACCCAAUUCUGUGGUUUACCAGACUCUCAUACACGCUCUUUCCAGAGUUAACAGAGUGAAUGAAGCAUUAAAACUCUUGGAGGAAAUGUUUUUGAUGGGCUGCAUGCCAGAUGUGAAUACCUUCAAUGAUGUCAUCUCUUGCCUUUGCAAGGUUGACAGGAUACAUGAGGCUGCAAAGUUGGUUGACCGGAUGCUUCUUCGGGGCUUCGCCCCAAAUUUUGUAACGUAUGGAGACCUGAUGCAUGGGUUAUGCAGAACCAGACGACUUGAUGAAGCGAAGGCAUUGUUGAGCAAAGUGCCUGAGCCGAAUGUUGUCUUAUUUAACAUCUUGGUUGAUGGUUAUGUUAAAAAUGGACAACUUGAUGUAGCAAGGGUUGUUUUGAAUGAGAUGUUGAAUACUGGUUGUAACCCGGAUGCAUAUACAUAUAACAUACUUAUUAAUGGUCUGUGCAGGAAAGGAUUUUUGGUUUCAGCAGUUGAGAUGGUGAAAGAAAUGGAAUCCAAAGGUUGUAACCCUAAUGUAAUCACUUACACAAUUUUGAUUAAUGGAUUUUGCAAGGGCGGGCAGCUUGAGGAAGCUUAUUGUGUUGCAGAUGAGAUGACAGAUAGGGGGCUCAGUUUAAAUACAGUGGGGUACAACUGCGUAAUUAGUGCCUUAUGCAAGAGUGGAAAUGUCAAUGAGGCUCUACAAUUACUACGUGAAAUGCCAAGCAAAGAAUGUAAGCCUGACAUAUACACAUAUAAUUCAUUGAUAUACGGGCUUUGCAAAGUUGAUCAGAUGGAACAGGCUCUGGUCAUGUAUCGGGAUAUGGUACUUGAGGGUGUUAUUGCAAACACGGCAACCUACAACACAUUGAUCCAUGCUUUCUUAAGAAGAGGUGCAGACAAAGAUGCACUUAAGCUUGUAAAUGAUAUGUUAUUCAGAGGCUGCCCCUUUGACGAGAUCACUUGUAGAGGCAUAAUUAAGGCACUUUGCAACGAUGGGGCUGUUGACAAAGCAUUAGGAUUCUUUGAGGAAAUGAUAAGGAAGGGACUCAAUCCCCAUGUUAUAUCUUGCAAUAUUUUGAUACAUAGCCUUUCUAGGAUUGGGAAAGUACAAAAUGCACUUGAGUUUCUGAGGGACAUGAUUCAUCGGGGAUUAACACCCGAUAUAGUCACCUAUAACAGCCUGAUUAAUGGUUUAUGCAGAAUUGGUCACAUUCGAGAAGCUCUGAACCUUUUUGACAAGUUACAAACUGAAGGUAUUUCUCCUGAUGCUAUAACCUACAACACUUUGAUUAAUUCACACUGUAAGGUGGGCAUGCUAGAUGAUGCUUACAUGCUUCUAAGCAGAGGUGUGGCAAAUGGGUUCAUACCUAAUGAAGUAACAUGGUAUAUAUUAGUGCGAAGAUUUGUCAAAGAGACAGUGGAUGCUCACUACUUUGUGACCUGACCAGAUAUGGAUGUGUAAACAAUUCUGUGGUUUACCACACUCUCAUGCAUGCUCUUUGCAGAGUUAACACAGUGAAUGAAGCAUCAAAACUCUUGGAGGAAAUGUUUUUGAUGGUGUGCAAGCCAGAUGUGAAUACCUUCAAUGAUGUAAUGGUAAGUGUUUCUUGGUCAAGGUUAAUUGGUUCUUUACGGUCCAUUUGAAAAGCUUAGGUGUUUAGGGCUUUUGCCAGAAAAUUAUUCUACAGAAAAUGAGAAACUAGAAAACUUGGUUGUACAAAAAUUUUCUGAAUGGAAAAUGCAGCUCUAGAAAACACGAUUUUCAAAUUGAACUAGGAAAACUCAUUAAAAAUUUAAAACUCUUAAAUGAGUUUUCCAAGUUUUCUUUAUUAAUUUGGAGAUUUGGAAAAUGUGGCUUUCCAAAAGUUUUUCACAAAUCAUCUUCAUCUCAUUAUCUAAUACAAGUUGCACAAAAGAAAUUAAAACAUCUCUCAUUUUUUUGAACAUAUGUUCUAAUUUUCUAGAUUGAAAAUUAGUUUAUGUAUUUCUAACAUUUGAAAGCAUUUUCCAAAUUUUCUAUGAAAAAUGAAAAUUAGAGAUUUUACAGAAAAUUGGAGAUAAAAAAACUAGAAAUCAUUUUUCACAACUAAAUAAACCCUUAAAAACUUUGGAAUUGGAAUUACAGCUCUGAAGUUUUAAAGAAUUCUUGUGUUUUGAAUAAAAGGGUUAAGGAAUUGGGACUCCAUUUACCUCAAACUCUAUAAUUAGAUUUCUGAUCAAAGUUGGUCGGAAUUGUUAAAUAAGGAAUUGGAAUCCUUAGGUCCAACUUAUUUAUUUAUUUUAUUUCCCCAAAUACCCUUUCCCAUUUGUUUAUAUUCCUAGGGUUUUCUCAUUCAAGGUUUUUGUUUUAAUCUUCUCCUUCCCUUUCUCCAUCUUUGUUAUGCUAAUUUUCUCAUGGUAAGAUAACGAAUAGAUCCACAUCUAAUAAGGUCUAUAGGAAACCAUAUUCUUUAUUUGUAAUCCAAUUUAAAUCUACCUAGUGCUUGUUGGAUUAUGAAUAACUUUAGCCUUGUUUUGUAUUUCACCUUUGUUAGUUUUUUUGGGUUUCUUAUAAUGGUGGCAUUAAG